AUGGCUGAUUUUACCCUUCCUCUCACGCUGCCAGCGCGCCCUGGGCGACAGAAUGCGUCGCCCUUCAAUCUCGCUUCCUCCAACUCGUCAGAUACCGAAGAUGACCUGCCUUUGCCAUUCCCGGCCGCACUCCCACGCACCGAUUUCUUAGCUACAGAGUUCCAGCCGGCUGCGUAUCUAUCAGCUCUCCCCCACCGCCACCAGACCCUGGAAGACCUGCGAUCAGAUCUACGCGAGCGAACGGCAACCAUCAGCACUGAGCUCCUGGAGCUUGUCAAUUCGAACUAUACUGCUUUUCUAUCACUCGGUUCAGAACUGCGGGGUGGCGAUGAAAAGGUAGAGGAUGUCAAAGUCUCACUUCUUGGCUUUCGCAGAGCUGUCGAGGAAGUGAAGGAAAAGGUCUCCGAGCGCAGAAGGGAUGCGGAAUCGCUUACCAACGAGUUGCGAGACAUACGGUCAGAUAUUGAACAAGGAAGAGCAAUGCUAGAAGUAUCGGAGCGGCUCUCCUCCCUAGAAGAAACGCUGGCGCUGGAUAGCCUACCUCGGAAGAAAGAGACCACGGAAUGGGAUGAUGAUAGUGAAGAUGACGAAGAGUUUGAGGAAGAAACCGUUGAAGGGUUGAUAGGGAGCCCGCCUUCAAAGCUUUUGGCCUCAGCGCGCGAGUGUAGCCGGAUUACGGCACUAAUUGGCAAGCUAGAUGACAGCAAUGCCUUUGUCGCCAAGCUCAGGGCACGGUUGACGAAGUGCCGGAACACGCUACUACUGGACUUGAAUAAUGCCCUAAAGGAAGCUAGAGCAGCUGGAACAAAAGGCCAGAGCCGGAUUAUGGGCUAUCUUGGUGUCUAUAGAACCCUUGAUGCCCAGGGAGAUGCCGUCAAAGCUCUUCGCGGCAGAUGA